AUGCCACACUCUGUUCCUGUGCCCCCGACGGGCUUCCAGGCCAUCAUUCUAUGCGGGCCUGGCGUUUCCCUCAACACCUUUACCUCGAACCCCGAAGAAUUUCCUAAAGCGUUAUUACCCAUUGCGAACCGUCCUAUGGUGUGGUAUCCUCUGGAUUGGUGUUAUCGGAUGGGAAUUACCAACAUCACCCUUAUUACGCCUCCCGCUAGUCAAGCUCCGUUAGAAGCUGCGCUGUCACAAAAUCCUCAUCUCACAUCGCUUCCCGCACCCUCACCGUCCGUGGUCGCGCCGGCCGAUCUCACAUUGACGACGGGUACUGCCGAGCUGCUUCGGCUCCCCGAAGUCCAAUCAUGCAUCAAGUCCGAUUUUCUCCUUCUCCCGUGCGACCUCAUCUGCGACCUCCCCGGAGAAUCUCUGCUAGAAGCUUGGAUGGUUACGCAAAGUGCGCUGGGCGGCUCCACUAUCAGCGACGGCUGGAGCGCCAAUGGCCCUAAGAGCCUGGGGAUGGGAGGGGAGGAAGGCGGGCGCCGCGGCGGUCUUGGUGUAUAUUACCAAACGCGCGGACGGGAAGAAAGUGUCAAGGGCGAGGUAGCAGAUUUUGUGGCCACCACAUCGCUGGAGCCAGACGAGGCGCCAGCCGUCUCUCACCUUUCGGAAGGACCCGCUUCGAUUCGGUACGGUCUGUCGAAGUUAGUGCUUUCUAUCCCCAUGGAUACGCUUAAGGAACAGAUGGAGGAACAAAAGGGACUUCUUAUCCGUCAUUCGCUGGUGAAGAAGCAUGCGCAGGUGAAGAUGUUGACCACCUAUCGCGACGCCCACAUCUACGUAUUCCCCUACUGGGUCAAGGAGAUGGCCCUGCUGAAUGAAAAGUUCGAGAGCGUCGGUGAGGAUCUGGUGGGAUGGUGGGCCAAAUCGGAAUGGCAGACCGGUCUAGCGGAGAAGCUCCGACUGAGAGAGAUCUUCGAGCCGGAGAGACAUGGAGCGGGAGAGAGUGCAAGCCUGGACGGCGAGUCCAUCGAAGAGGAAAUCGAUCUCAAGGCAAUGAGCACCACCAAGGCCGGUGCUGGCACAUCGCGCGAUGCGCUGUCGGAGGAUCCGACUGAAAACCUGCAGUUUGCCUCCCGAGUGAAGAGAACAGGCACGGACCUGGGCACAGAGACACCAGAGAAACCGAAAGGCAAACUGACCGUGCCACCCAUCCUGGCAUACAUCCACUCCUCGGUUCCCUCCGCACCACUCGUACGACGCGUCGACACAUCCGCCCUGCUCCUGUCCGUCUCGCUCCGGCUGGCCAAGCUCGAAUCCAUCGAAGAGGCCGGCCGCGUGGCGGCCUCGCCGUUCGCCCACAACCAGAAGGUGGCAUACCCCGCUGGUGUCGCUCAGCGGUGCACGGUCACCAAGGCCGACUGCCUCCUGGCGGACAACGUCACGGUGGAGGAGAAGUGCGUGAUCAAGGAGUCUGUGAUUGGCGCCAACUGCCACAUCGCCAGCGGGGCGCGGUUGACGCGCUGUCUCAUCAUGGACGGGGCCGUUAUCGGCGAGCGCUGCCAGUUGACGGGAUGCAUUGUCGGCCGGCGCAGUCAGAUCGGCCGCGAGAGUGUGCUCAAAGACUGCGAGGUACAGGACGGCAACAUCGUCCCCGAGGAGACGGACGCGAAGAACGAGAAGUUCAUGGUGUUUGAGGGGCUGGACCAUGAAGACGGCGACGGGAUGGACAUGUCCGAGGAGUUUAGUGAUGACAACGACGAGCUGGGAUUCUAA